UAUUCGAUCUUCAACCGCAAAGAGAGGCUCCUCCUGGUCUUCCUAGGUACCUUUGCUGCAUUUCUCUCGCCAUUGACAGCAAAUGUCUACUACCCGGCCAUCGUCGAACUAUCGCACGAGUUCCAUGUAUCAACCGAUCUCAUCAACCUGACUAUCACAGUCUACCUUAUAUUGCAAGGCUUAGCUCCCACGUUCAUCGGCUCGAUUUCGGAUGUCAUUGGUCGGCGCCCGGCUUACAUGAUUUGCUUCAUGGUGUAUUUUGCGGCAAAUGUAGGGCUUGCUUUACAAAAUAGCUUUGCUGGAUUGAUGGUUCUGCGUUGUAUUCAAAGCGCUGGCAGCAGCGGUACUCUGACGUUAGCCAACGCAUUGGUAGCCGACUUAGCUACAUCAUCAGAGCGCGGUUCCUACAUGGGUUACGCGACUCUAGGAGCCUUCUUCGGUCAAGCUGUCGGACCCCUUAUCGGUGGCCUUCUGAACGCAGCACUUGGCUGGCGCUCUAUCUUCUGGUUCCUUGUCAUCUUCUCGGCAACCGUCUUCCUAAUCUUCAUCAUCGUCGUCCCCGAAACCUGUCGUGCUGUCGUUGGUAAUGGCUCCAUUCCUCCCCAGAAGUGGAAUAUCAGCGUCCUAGGAUAUUUGACCGGUCGUCGAUUUCUCCAACCCAAUCCAUCAAUUCCCGUUCCAGAAUCACCUCGCGCUCCCCGUCGUCCCAUCAAUCUCCUAGGCACGGUCCAGAUCAUGUUCUCCAAGGGGGCAGGAUGCAUUCUUCUUUACACGGGCUUUCUGUUUGGAGGGUUUUACACUCAGAUUGCAAUGGUGCCAGUGAACUUCACAGAACAUUUCGGCUUCAACUCUCGACAAAUCGGACUGUGCUACCUUCCAUUCGGACUUGGAUGCAUGGCAGCAGCCCUUGCGACGGGAAAGGCCAUGGAUUGGAACUUUCAACGAAUCGCCAAGAAGCUAAACUAUCCAAUCGUGCCCGGCCAACAAAAUGAUCUUUCCAAAUUUCCUAUCGAGAUGGCCAGAAUACAAAUCGUGAUCCCUCUCGCCUUCCUGGGAUGUGUUACGGUCGUUAUGUAUGGCUGGAUGUUCCAUCUUACAAAGUCCUUAGCUGCACCGUUGGUGUUGUUGUUCUUCUUGGGGUUCAGUCUUAUUGGAGCCUUCACUGCUUUCAGCACGUUAUUGGUUGAUUUCUAUCCCGAUUCGCCUGGAACUGCUACUGCUGCAGCGAAUUUGCUAAGAUGUUGGAUGGGUGCCGGUGCGGUGGCUUUUAUUGGGCCAUUGCAAGCCAAGAUUGGAUCUGGUUUUGCGUGCGUUGCUGUUGCCAUUUGUUGGAUCCUAUCCAGUCCAUUGUUGUGGAUUGUCUGGAAACAUGGGCCAGCUUGGAGAGAAGAGAGGAGAAUCAAGGCUGAG